GGCCAGCCGGGGCGCACAGGCGCGGCUCCGUCCCCGGCCUGCUGCUCUGACCAGGUUCCCCGCGAGCUGUGGCUCUCCGGGCAGCAACAGCGUCGCCCCACAAGUGUCACGUAUGCAAACCCUCGGACCCCGCCCCGGACCUGCACUGUGGGAACUCGGGGUGCGGCCCUGGGGCCUUCCGUGGCUGGCGAAGUUGGAGAACCGCUCAACUCGCAGCGCCCCGCCGAGGCUGCAGCAGAAGUGGAGCCCUUGGGGUGAAGAAAACCGAGAGGAUAUACUGAAUGCCAGCGACAAAUUAACGGAGGCCCUGGAGGAGGCCAACACUCUGUUUAAUGGAGUGUCCCGAGCAAGAGAAGCCGUCUUGGAUGCCCAAUUUCUCGUUCUGGCUUCGGAUUUGGGCAAAGAGAAGGCGAAGCAGCUCCGUUCUGAUCUGAACUCGUUUGACAUGCUGAGAUACGUUGAAACACUGCUGACACAUAUGGGUGUAAAUCCGCUAGAAGCUGAAGAUCUCAUCCGUGAUGAAGAUAGUUCUGACUUUGAACUCAUUGUCUAUGACUCCUGGAAAAUAUCAGGCAAAACAGCAGAAAACACCUUUAAUAAAACCCAUACAUUCCACUUUCUGUUGGGUUCAAUACAAGGAGAGUUGCCGGUGCCCAAGCCACGGACUGAUCGGCCUAGAAAGGUCCCCCUGAUAGAGGAGCAGCGAGCCAUGCCUGCCCAGCUCAACAGAAUGGAAGAAUCCCAUCAGGAAGCAACAGAAAAAGAAGUAGAAAGAAUCUUGGGGCUCUUGCAAACGUAUUUUCAAGAAGAUCCGGAUACGCCUAUGUCUUUCUUUGACUUUGUGAUUGAUCCACAUUCUUUUCCCCGGACGGUGGAAAACAUCUUCCAUGUUUCCUUCAUUAUACGGGAUGGUUUUGCACGAAUAAGACUUGACCAAGACCGCCUGCCAAUAAUAGAACCUGUUAUUAAUGAAGAAAGUGAGGGGAUUGACCAAAACACCCAAAUUCGGAAUCAAGGAAUCUUAGCUCUGAGUUACCGCGACUGGGAGGAGAUUGUGAAAACCUUUGAGAUCUCAGAGCCUGUGAUUGCUUCGAGCCAGAGCCAGGAGAGGCUGAGUGCUUGACGCCCACCCGAGGACUCAAGGGAAUCGUGACAUCCAGCAAGGACCACAGCACGUGUUGUAAAUAUUGUAUGAUUAAACAUUUUUAAAGACAGAUUGUUUUUAGUAAAAUGUAGCUUUUGAUAGUUAAUGAAUUUGUCCUGGUUGUCUUUGAUUAAAGGAAACUCACUGCC